AGCGAUCGUUGCAUCUCACGCACGACGUUAGGAGUCCCCUCGCUUCUACCGUGAAAACGCCCCUCAGCUCUCCUCCUCCUCCUCCUGCUCCUCACCCUUCCCCAGUAACGUAAACCAUCUUCGCCGGCUUGCGUGUGUGUGUGCUGUCCCAGCCUGCAGCGCCACAUUUGGGGCAGAGGGAAAAAGGCGCUGUGGGGCGGAGGUGGCGACGGUGGUGCACGUCUUCCACGGACUGUGAGGCUUGACGCUCGGACCUGACAGCGCAGGACAGUAAUCUAUUCCUAUGACUACGGAGAAGGCUUUGGAAAUGAAGAGCGCAAUGGAGGGUGACGCCAGGACGACCAAUCAGGUUCCCGAGGACCACGGGGAAAUGGAUGACAGUUCAGAGAAGACCCCCAGCAAAGCCUCCAAAUCCCCCCAGAAAACCAACAAGAGGCCAAAGACUGUCCCUAUCAAAGUCAUGCUACUCGACGGUUCGGACUAUGAGACCGGGGUCGAGAAAUUUGCCAAGGGCCAGACCCUGUUGGACAUGGUGUGCGGCCAUCUGAACCUGCUGGAGAGGGACUACUUCGGUCUGAGUUUCCAGGACACGGACAAUUCCAAGAACUGGUUGGAUCCUUCCAAAGAAAUUAAGAAGCAAAUCCGAGUUGGUUCGUGGAUUUUUGGAUUUUCUGUCAAGUUUUACCCUCCGGAUCCAUCUGUGCUCAUUGAAGACAUCACCAGGUACUACCUGUGUCUGCAGCUGAGGGACGACAUCCUAUCCGGACGUCUCCCCUGCUCCUUUGUCACCCACGCCCUCCUGGGCUCCUACACUGUCCAGGCUGAACUGGGAGACUAUGAGCCAGAGGAACAUGGACCCGACUAUGUUAACGACUUCCGAUUUGCCCCCAACCAGACACGGGAGCUAGAGGAGAGAGUAAUGGAGCUUCACCAUAACUACAGGGGGAUGAGUCCAGCAGAUGCAGAGGUUAACUUUCUAGAAAAUGCCAAGAAGCUCUCGAUGUAUGGCGUGGACUUGCAUCAUGCUAAGGAUUCAGAAGGAAUCGACAUAAUGCUCGGAGUGAGUGCCAACGGACUGCUCAUCUACCGAGACCGCCUCAGGAUCAACCGUUUUGCCUGGCCCAAAAUCCUCAAGAUCUCUUAUAAAAGAAGCAAUUUCUACAUAAAGAUUCGCCCCGGAGAGUAUGAACAGUUUGAGAGCACCAUAGGCUUCAAGCUGCCAAAUCAUCGGGCCUCAAAGCGACUGUGGAAGGUCUGCAUUGAGCACCACACCUUCUUCAGGUUGGUUUCUCCAGAGCCGCCUCCCAAGGGCUUCCUGGUGAUUGGCUCCAAGUUCCGGUACAGCGGAAGAACGCAAGCCCAGACCAGACAGGCCAGCGCUCUCAUCGACAGGCCUGCCCCGCUGUUCGACCGCUCCGUUAGUAAGAGGCACUUGCUGCCUCGCAGCAUUGACGGUGCCUCAGCACUCGGUGAUAGCAUGGACCAGUUGUCCCAGCGAAGCUCCAGCGAACGCACACAGUUCAUGUCCAGGGAAGACCUAGACCAAGAGGGCAGCCUGGAUCUGGACCAUGAGCAGUACCACUAUCAGGACCAAGACCAGGACCAGUACACGGACCAAGAGCUGGAGCUACAUGAAGGUCAAGAUCAGACACAGACAAGGACUCGAGAGCUCAAGAGUGAAGAGACACUUGUUGACUCAAAGCCAGAGGAUUUGGCCAUGCUUCGACCCAAACAGGAGCAGUUCCUGGAUAAGCCAGAGGACGUUCUACAAAAGCACCAGGCCAGCAUCAAUGAACUGAAGAGAGCUUUGAAGCAGCCCAACAGCAAGAUGGCCCAGAGGGAGAAACGCAUCUCCUCAGCUACUCCUCCUGGUGGAACCCCAGAGCGGAAAUCGGCGACUGGUGAUGGCAAAUUGAUUGCCAAGCAUGACGCCUUUGAAGGAGAGCUGAAUGCUUACUCUAAAGAGAAGAGUAAUACUGAUAGAAACACGUGUGCAUCCUGGGCUGAAGCCAAUACGAACAAAUAUCGAACACUUACGGACGCUUUGAGAACUAGACCCGGAACCAAAACGGACUUUACAGAAACGGGACUAAGAGAUAUGAACCUCACGGAUGAUACCUUAGCAACUAGCAGGCAUCACGAAUCUGUUUUAGCAAGGAACGGCUUUCAAGAAAACGGAUACGGAUCCCCACUGAGCAAAGUGAGGAACGCAACGAACCACAUAGAUCUGAGGCACUGUCAGUGCGAGCACGGCACUCAUCAGGACAGGCCAACGAACUUCGAAAACUUGAUGGCAGCGGAAAUGCUGCCCAAGGGCAACAGGGGCGGAACUGAGGACGACGCAAUGCACUGUGAGAGUCAGAGAAUGAAAGACUCAAGUCCCAUGGGAGCAAAGGAUUGCAACAAAACUGUGAACUCGCACUCUGAAGUCACCAAAAUAGUUCCUCUGAAGCCACAGCGAUCAAAGAAGUCUUUGAAUAAAGAGAACAAAGGUGUCAACCCUCAGACCCAAAGCCUGUGCGAUAGAGGCAUCUUUGGAGCAGCCGGGGACGUACACAUGACAAAAUCAAAAGACGGCUCCUGUGAGGCAGAAAGGAAACUAGAUGAUGAUGAUGCUCCUCUGCAGUCAGCCACAGAUGUUGUCAAGGAAAAUACAGCAGCCGCUACAUACCCCAGUGAAUUCACCAUGUCACAUCAGCAGCAGACUCAUCUACAUCUGCUGAUAAAGAAUGGUUUGUGUGGACAACAGGAGGUCAGAGACAGCAGAGACGCAGCAGGGAACUAUCAGUGGACAAGAGGAGCAGGAGUCCUGCGUGAAGACCAUUUCCUAAACAACUCAGAGGUGAAAGAACAUCUCUUGUCGAGCUCCAAAUUUCCAACCGCUCCUCCUCGAACUCUUCCUCUGAGAACGCAGUGGUCCAGAGAGGGACAGAGCAAAAUGGACAACAGCCACAUCCACUACAGGAUGCCCAGCCAAGAAACAGCCAAGAGGAAGCAAGCGGAGACACCUCCCACACCCGCUAUUCACGAGGAGCCUCUCAGUGACGCUUCAAGGGAACCCUGGGAGAGGCGGCUGGGCUCAGUAUCAGAGGACGACCAGGACCACGACAUCCUGUACCUGAAGGAAACUCACCUGGGGAUUGAGCGCAAAUGCUCCAGCAUUACGGUCAGCUCUACGUCCAGCCUGGAGGCUGAAGUAGAUUUCACUGUCCUCACAGACCUGCACACGGGCAUGGAGGAGUUCUCUAGGGGGAUGUCAGAGCUGGGAGAGAGGGAUUUUUCACCAGACAGGGGUUUGUACCUCGGCAUUGACACACUUCCGCAGCAGGGCCCCUUUGAGCAUCCCCCUCCUCCGCUAGUAUCGACUCCUCAGUCCAGAGGAGCCGGCAGCAGCCCCCCAGCUAAGCAGUUCCAGGUUGAAGAAGUCAGACCAGAGGUCAAGCGACCCGAUGUUCAGCCUGUAGUUCCCAAAAAACCAAAGAGAUCAGUACCCGUGUCGUCGUCAGUUGACAGAGAGCAAUCAUACAGAGAAGCCAGUCGCACCCCUGCACUGACACCCCUGAGCCGGGAGGCCAGUGAUGUCAUGCCUACAGUGAGGAAGACGGAUGUGAGGACAGAGACUCAACCCAAUGGGUCAGAGGUCACCACGACUAUCGUGGAGUUCACGGAUCAGGACCACGGCAUCUCUGGCCUAAGUGAAGUCUGUUUCUCUACGAGACAGAGUGUUUCUCCCGUUCACAUGGGCAGUCUUGGGAGGGAGGCAGCAGGUUCACCCAUUCUUGUUACCGAGAACGUUACCUCGGCAACCACUCAAGUCACCAAGACAGUGAAAGGGGGAUAUUCAGAGACCAGGAUCGAGAAGAGGAUCAUAAUCACAGGAGACGAUGAUGUAGACCAGGAACAGGCUCUGGCUAUUGCAAUACAGGAAGCCAAGCAGCAGCAUCCCGACAUGCAGGUGACCAAGGCAGUCGUCGUCAGGGAAACAGAGUCGUCCACUGAGGAUCGACACAAUGCAUCAGAGUCCUGAUUUGCUGAGACGAGAGUGCCCCCCUGUGGACAAGAAGUGUCAGUGCCCAACCUGAAAUCCCCCCCCCCCCCCACCUGCUGUAUUGAAAGACCGACUGUCAGUCAUGCUCAAAUGGGGCCUCUUGUACAUGUCCACACACACAAACACACAGAGCUGAACCUGGAAUCCUCCUCUCUGUUUUUCCAUUCAAGCAACACUCUGUUGAAACCGCCUAUUAGUUCGGAAAACAUUUAAGUUCUUUGAUUGGUCGACAGUAUGCAGGUAUGCAUACUAGAACGCCAAACGAGAUGUAAUCCAACUAAAUUCCCGCCAAAGCUCUCAGGACCGCGAUACUUAAACCACCUGCUUCAGUACGUCCAGGUCAAACAGACGAAGUGUAGAAGGGAUUUAUUUAAAUUGAUCUGUGCACUCAAGUCACAAUGGGCCAUGAUACAUCAUCUGGAAAAAUAGGAAUGUGUGGAAAACAUGGCCAGAGAAUCGUCCGUCGCCUUGGACUUAAAAAAACAAAAAACAAAACAAGACAUCAACAAACUCCUGCUGUGUGUGCUGAUAAUAAGUGUCGUUCUUCCACUUUGUCACAGCAUCCAUUCCAUGUAGCUGCAGCACUAAGGCGUCCAGCAAACCAGGUUUUAGUGAGAGCAGAGGACGUUCAAUUCAGUGUUUAGUUCACGCUCCUUCAUAAAUCAGUUAAGGAAACAAAAUGAGCUUCGUCACACUGACUGAUGAGAGUGCAUCGAUUUAGAGAACAUCAUACUGUGCCGGCCAGAUCCUCUGGUGAUGCUGGUCCUCAAAUGUUGGUUAGAGACCAAAUCUGGAUCCACAUACUUCCAUGUGGCUUGCAUGUAUGCAAGGACAAGACUGAAACUGCUUCAACAUGAUGGACUUUGCUUGGAUUUUCCUGCAUUUGGCCCUGGACAGAAGAACCUGUUAAUACACACUGUGUACAUGUUUUCAAAUGGUGGCAAUGUAGUUUCUGAGCAUGCUGAUGUUUCAGAGUUAGCCCAGUAUCCCCCCUCUCCUCCCCCUUUCCCAGCCUUUAGACGUGCUUUCAGAAUCCACUUGGAUAUUCUGUAAUGUCACUUUGGCCAUUUUGUGUAGUAAGUACGUAGAGUAGGCUCGCACCCUCGUUCCACGUUGCAGAAAAGGACUGCUGCAUUAGUAAAAAUAAAACGACUUGAGAUAAUAUUUGCAUGAUUUUCUUGCAUUAUUGGAAUUGUAAUUGAGAAAUAUGGAUAUGAACUAAUAUUAAGGACGGAUCAAGAUGGAAAGACCGUGAGAAAUCAUAAAAGAUGUCAGUGCUGAAUUAGUCUCGAUCUGAGGUCAAAUCUGAUCUCAUGUAAGAAAGGAAAUUAAGCUUCCUGCCAGGAAAUGAAGAGUAUUCAUCAGAAAAUGUGGGAAAGUUCAUUUCAGUACGCAAUAUAUUUCUGUUGUUUGUUAAUCCCCACAUCCAAUGAUUGCACACUUUUCAUUUACAAUCAUUUAAAUCAAUCUAAUUUCCUGUCUCUGGUGCUGUAUAAUAUAUCUUUACAUAUCAGUGUGUACCUUUAAAUAGAUUUCCCAAUACUGGAACAUGAAGUAGACUUGUGAUGCCAACAAUCAGUUGUGAUGUUUUUCAUAGCUGUUAACUUCUUCAUCAUUGAACAGUCUCUGCUGAGAUAGUAUUGUGCAUCAGCGCCCGACCUUUAAGUGCAGUGUUAUGAAUAAAUGAUAGAGCAGGGGUAGCAUCUUUGAACUUUUAGUGGUGUGUGAUUUGAUACAUGAUUGUUAGAGGGAUGCCAUAGACAUGAAUGUGUGCCAAUGAAGGUAGCAGUCUUAUUGUACAAACUCUGAUUUUUUUUGUAAAAAUGUUACUUGAAAUACUAGCUACUUUUAAUUACACAAGUGCCAGAAAGUCAAAAACACAUAAACUUGACAUGGCCAAGUUUUCCUUUUGGCUAAAAAAAAAAAAGAAAAAAAAAAAAAAAAGGUGUCAUCUCCCAAAAAGAGUCUAAUGCAAAAAUUUAUAUAUGAUGUAUUUGAAUUGAAACAUGCGACAGCAAGUCAUUCAACUGUGAAGACAUCAUGUUUCAAAAACUGCCAUGUCAGGUUUAUAAAAGUACUGCUAACUUUGGCUUUCAGACACUUGGAUUUACAGUUAAUGUUUCACAUGUGCGGUGCAGUGACUCCUGUUGUGUUUUUAUAUUUUGCUUCCAAAUCCUUUGAGGUGACGUACGCUCAUGAAUAUGAGUGUCCAAACUGGACGGGGCGAGAAAACGUGUGGCUGUGAAAACCUUGUACUGUAUAUAUGGUGGUGUUUGGUGGAUUGUGAAGAUGUAAAGUAGUUAAUGGCCAUGGAUUUUAUUUACACUAGG